UGAUGUUGGUCAGAAUGGCUCCUGCUCUUCCUCUGAUCUUUCUGCUCAUGAUUCACGUUUCGUUUGGGUUGUUCCUGUGUUGGCAUGGGGCCAGUCACUAAAAUAGACUUUAAAAAGAGGAAGGAAAAAAAAUUGCAAAAACAGCAAAAGAAAGUUUUCAGCUCGCAUUUGCAGUUCACUCUCCUGGAGUCUGUUUGCUGUGUCUGAAACUACAACACGUUUUCUGCAGUGAUGUCACAGAUACCGGCUCCUUCUCUUCUUCUGGUUUUUAUGCUCAUGAUUUCAGGAGUUUGUAGCCAGUGGAGUGUGUGGUACAAUCCUUCACACAUCUGUGCACUAAAGGACUCAUCAGUGAUAAUGAGCUGCACUUAUUCAUACCCUACUGGACAUCAGAUCAGGAAAGUGUUCUGGACCAAAGGUGAUGUAAAAGAGGAUGGAGAGUAUCUAGAUCUGUCUGAGGACCCUGAAUACAGUCAGAGGCUUCAGUAUCUGGGAGAUAAACAGCAGAACUGCACCAUCAGACUGAGUCAUGUGACACUGAAGGAUUCACACGAGUACUAUUUCAGAUUCACCACUGAUAAGGAUGAUGGUAAAUGGAUUGGUGUUCCAGGAGUGACACUUGCUGUCACAGAUCUUCAGGUGGAGUCUCCUGAGAGAGUGACAGAGAGAGAUUCAGUCUGUCUGACAUGUAAAAGCAGCUGUAAUCUGACUGACAGAGCAACAUUCAUCUGGUACAGAAACUCACAGCUAGUAACUACAGGAAUCACUGGAAACCAGCUCAUCCUCGGACGAAUCAGCAGAGAAGAUACAAGCAGAUAUAGCUGUGGUGUAUAUGGGCACAGUUACAGAUCUCCUGCUGUUCAACUCAAUAUCAGAUAUCCUCCAGAGAAUCCAGUGAUCUCCAUCAGUCCAUCUGGUGAAAUAAUGGAGGGAGAUUCAGUGACUCUGAGCUGCAGCAGUGAUUCAAACCCUCCUGCAGAAAUCAACUGGUUUAAAGGAGGAACGUUUGUAGGAUCUGGAAGAAUCUUCAACAUCUCAAAGAUCAGCUCUGAUGACAGUGGAGAAUACAAGUGCAGAUCCAUCAAUUAUUAUGGAGAGAAAUACUCUGAUACUGUGACUCUAAAUGUCAUGUAUCCUCCCAGGAGCGUCUCAGUGUUGAUAAAUGGAUCUGGUGAAAUAGUGUCAGGAGAUUCAGUGACUCUGAUCUGCAGCAGUGAUUCAAACCCUCCUGCAGAAAUCAGCUGGUUUAAAGAAGGAACGUUUGUAGGAUCUGGAAGAAUCUACAGCAUCUCAAAGAUCAGCUCUGAUGACAGUGAAGAAUACAAGUGCAGAUCCAGAAACAAACAUGGAGAGAAAUACUCUGAUACUGUGACUUUAAACAUCAUGUACUCUCCCAGGAACGUCUCAGUGUUGAUAUCUGGAUCUGGUGAAAUAGUGUCAGGAGAUUCAGUGACUCUGAUCUGCAGCAGUGAUUCAAACCCUCCUGCUCUGAACUUCAGCUGGUUUAAGGAGAAUGAAAGCUCAGCUGUUGGAUCUGGACAGAGUUUCAGUGCACUACAGAGUGGACGCUUCUACUGUCAGGCUCACAAUCAACAUGGAUCUCAGAGAUCAGACGCUGUAACUGUCACAGUUUAUCAUGGUGCUGGUAGGAAUGUGAUUGUGAUCGCAGCGACAUCUGGAGGAUUAUUCAUCAUCAUCAUCAUCAUCAUCAUCCUGUUUAUAAUCAGGAGGAAACGAAGGGAUGGUCAAACUGAAGAUCUCACAGUGAAACAGAUCUCUGAUCCCAAUGAAGACACAUAUACAGCUCUUGAUCUCAAGUCCACGACCUCUGACCUGUACGACACACUCACAACGGUUCAUCCCAGAGCUCCUGAAGACUCCUGCAGGACUCUUGAUCCUCAGAGCUUUUCUAAACAUGAGAAUCCAUCAGAACCAAUCCUGAGCUCUGUGGGCGGAGCCACAUAUGAUUGACAGGGAUCAUCAGUGAUGAGUCACACAAGAGUUUCAUUUCUGUAUAGUGUAAGAAACAUAACAGUGGAAUUAAAUGAAAGUUAAAAGCUUGUUAUUGUGUAAAUAUAAAUGUUAAAAUUAAUUCAGCAGAGCAAAACACAAGUGAUGUUCAUCAAACAAGAUAUGCUUUUUCAUUUUAAAACAUUUUCCUGCUUUUAAAUCAAAGUUGAUCAAUUUACCCUGAUGUACUGAACAAAAUCAUAAUUGUGUGCAUUCACAAAGGAAUAUGUUGUUUUUUUGCUCUCAAAGUGCUCAGUAUUAUCAGCUUCUGUUAUUCUGGCUCUUGUGUUCCCUUUAAAUGUUCAGUUUUAUUUGUAAUAUGUGCUUGUACAAACCUAAUGAGCUGCAUUAUUGAUGUAUUGAUCGAUUCCAUUAAAAAAUAUCAAUAUUAAAAUUAUAUUAAUUACAAAA